GGGUGUAGUACAUUCUGUGAGAAAAGGCUGCUGGCAGCACCCGCUCCAGCGCCAUCCGCCUCCCGCCUGCCGCAUCCCGCAUCCCCGUCCUGCUGGAUCCCCCGUGGUAGUCUUCUGUGUGUGGGAGAUGUGAAAGGAGGACCCCCUUUGGAUUUCUUCCCAGACCAGGACGAGAAGAAGCCGACAUCUGAAGUAGACUGCAAUUCCCAAGAUCCUCGGAGCAAGAACCAACAUGAAAUAAACAAGAACAAGCCUGGACUGGGCCCCCUCCUUGGUGGUGGUGAUGAAGUAAUGGGGAGAGAGAUGGACCAUAAUUUGGGUGGUUCUGAUUUUCUAUCCAAGAUUACUGGAGGCAGCUGAUGCCCAUAUAAAAAUUAUCAUUCCUUAAUUGCCAGAGAAAGGCAUGAUCAGCCAUACCUGGAGGUCAACUCACUUUCCCCAGCUGCAGACUAUUCCUAUCAGUUGAGGAUUAAUCCAGUCUGCCAAAGAAGAAGUAAUAGUUUCUCCCUGCAGAGCCCAGUGAGCAAAGGUCACAGCCUGGCUCUUCAACUCACGAUUUCCUACCCAGCCCUGAUGGCCACUGGCUCCACUGCCUACAGCCCAAUCUACCGGGUCCUGAUCCGGGUGUCUGAGACCUACCCCAGAAUGGAAAGGAAGCUGCAAAAGUAUUUCCAGAACCCAUGGAGGUCUGGGGGAGGCAAGUGCAAGGUCAAAUUUGGUCCCAGGGAAGGCACUUUCUGGGUAGAGUUUUAUAAAAGACAAGCCAAGGAAGGUGUGAUAGCAAAGGGAGAUCACUCUGUGCCAGUCACUGAUACGUCAUAUGUGAAUGUCUUCAUAGAAGCAAGUGAAGGCCCAGAAGAGAACAACACUUUGGAAGCAAGCCAACUUUCCUUUCAGCCUCUGUCACUCCCAAAGGAAUUUCCAGAUGAGAAGCACCCAGAUGAAGGAGGUGCUCCUAGCUCCUCUAAGUCCUUCAUUCAAAAAAUAUUUCUCCAUGUGGAGGCCCAGAUGAACUUCAAGCUUUCCAAAGAGCUAAGUGACACAAUUAUUAACCUCUGCCCAAAUCUUAAAAUAGAGGAAGACCAUGAUGGACCAGAGAAAGUGAUUGGUGACUACGAAGAUAUUGAAAAAAUGUAUCUAUUCUUAAGUGAGAAAAUGCUGGGAAAUGACCAGGAAGAAGAUUUUGCCCACUCAGCCUCAGCAAGAGAAAUUGAGCACAUUAUGCCAAAUGACUACAACAGUCCUAAUGUUCAAUCAAACCUAGAUCAAGGAACAGAAGAAGAGUUAGACCUUAUCUCAAUUCCUUCACAUCUGUAUGAAUAUUUCAAAUAUUUCUUUGCUGAAACUCUGGACAGAAUAGAAAGUGAGCAUCAAGUACGUAUCAAAAGUACCCUGGCAUAUCCUACUGGCAAUGUUUUUAUAGAGUUUGAGACAAGAAAGUCAUCUGACAGGAAAGCAGCUCAAGAAGCUUUUACCAGAGCAUUUCAGAGGGAAAUAGAGAAUGUGAGCCGUCAGGACAUUCAUUUCACAGAUAAUCAGCUGGCACUUGACGUCCAAAAAACACUUACCGGCAUGUUUCAAAACCUCCAUAUUAAAGCUGAAGGAAAAGUCUUAAUGCUCUGGGGAAAUCCACAGGAUAUUUCAGGAGCUCAACAUUUCAUCGAAUCAAACCUCUCCCGCAAAGAACCUGUGGAAAUGAUGGUUUCCCAAAACAUGAUGCAGAAUCAAUUUGAGAUUGAUACUGCUCACUUGCGUCUUCUGUACCAAGAAAUCAGAGAAAUAGAGAAAAAAUAUGACACUGUGGUGGAAUUGUUGCACAAUCCCCAAACUGAGAAAACCCUCAUUGUGUUUAAACCAAAAGACAAAGGCUUAGACCUUUCUACACAUGCUUGUGAAGUUUUCAUUGACAUCUUUCAGAUGCUCAUACCUCAGAUUGCCAAAGAGGUAGUGAUCCUGAAAUCAUUAGACCAAGAGAAAAAGUUGUGGCCAGAAAAGACCUUCUUUGAGGACUUUGACAGAAAGCACCCCUGUGUAAACUUGGAGUGGAAUGGACAAGAACUGACACUGACUGGUUUGCCCAAGUACCUUGAAGAAGCAAUGAAAUAUGUCAAGAGAUAUUUUAAUAUUGAAGAUACUGCUCAGCAGAGACAAGGGCCAGCUCUCUCCUUUGGAGCAAAUUGGAAUAGAGAGUCCAGAUCACCCUUGGACAAAUAUGGUGACGAUUUCAACAUGCUUUUACCUCCCUUCAAUGGAUUGUCUAGCUUUAGGGACUUAGGAAAAGAGGAGGAUGAGGACGAGGAGGAAGAGGAUGAAGAAGAAGAGGAGUGUGUCAUCUGUAUGGGAGUCAUUCGCCAGAAAGAAGUCCUCCCAACAUGCAAGCAUGGGUUCUGUAGUUCCUGUAUCAGAGAAGCCAUGAAACAUAAGCCAGUGUGCCCUGUAUGCCAGACUUCCUAUGGCAUCAUGAAAGGGAAUCAGCCAGAUGGAACGAUGACGACCUCUUACAGAACCUCUUCACUUCCUGGUUAUAAUUCCUAUGGCACCAUUGUGAUUCAUUAUGACAUGCGGGGAGGCAUACAGACAGAAGAGCAUCCCAACCCAGGAAAACGCUUUGAAGGAACAAGGCGGGUGGCAUACUUGCCAAAUAAUGAAGAAGGACGCCAGGUCUUGCACCUCCUCAGAAGAGCUUUUGACCAAAGGCUGAUUUUCACCAUAGGACAGUCCCGGACCUCAGGAGUCAAGGAUGUGAUCACUUGGAAUGAUAUUCACCACAAAACUCUGCAGUUUGGCGGGCCAGAAAACUUUGGUUACCCUGAUCCCAAUUAUCUGCCACGAGUCAAGAUGGAGCUGAAGGCAAAAGGAAUUGAGUAAGAGUACUGACUUCAAGGGUGCCUUGAGAGCUGGGCUUGCAAGAGCUGCAGCUGUGGACAGUAAUCAAAGCAACCAUAAAAAUAUUUGUGUGUUUAGAGAAAAAUAAAAGAGUUUGAGAAGAAGCUAGUUUGUUUAGGGCUGAGUCAGAUGAACCUGCUAACCUGUCUAAUUUCCUGGAGUGUUUUACCUUUUAUUAGACUAACUGAGAGCCUGGUAGGAAUGUAAACUUUUUUCUAGUGAGAACCCAAAGUGUAUCUCUCAGUUCUUCCCUGCCUGUUUUCAUUAUUCUGUCACCAGGGAUCCUGGAGUUAAGGAUUCUUCCAUUGUACCACUUGCACAAUGUGAUGACUGACCCUCGGAUCCAUUCACAUUAUUUGUGGUCAGCUGUUGGUAGCCUCAGAAGUCACCAGAGCUAGCUCUCUGCUAGCUGGUAUGGUAGCCAGGAACAUUGAAAAGAUUGUAACUCAUCUUCAAGAAGAUCAUAAUCUUCAAAUACAAGAUUAUUCAUCACAUCAGAAACUAUCCAUCCUUAGGGCUCUGUCAAAUUUACUAUAAAUUGAAGAGUAGGGGAAAUAUUUCUGUCUUUAAUCAAUUUCAGCAACGUCCAAUAAUCUUCAAAAACAGAUCAAAAAGCCUGUUUGUCAUUCAGAGCCCUUCAUGACCUUGUCCCUCCUUCACUCCCACACUAUGUACUCUGUGAUUCAGUGAUUGUGGCCUCCUUGAUAUUCCCUGUACAAGAAACUCCAUCUCUCUGGAUUGUGCAUUUUCACUGGAUAUUCCCCAUGCCUGGGAUUCUUUCCAUCCUCAUUUCCACCUACUGACUUCCCUGACUUCUUUCAAGUUCUACCUAAAAUCCUACCUUCUACAUAAAGCCUUUUCCAAGCCCUCUUGUUGUUACUAGUGCUUUUCCAUUGUGGAUUAUGUCAAUUUAUCUUGUAUGUAACUUGUUUGUAAAAAGUUCUUUGCAUAUAUUUGCAUAUUAUCUAUUAGACUUUGAGCUACUUGAGAGCAGAGACUGUCUUUUUCCUUCUUUUAUAUCCGCUAGCACAGGACUUAAAAUAUAGUAAGCACUUAACAAAUACUUGUUGACUAACUGAUUGACUAUGGGUAGGCUCAUUAACCUAGCUGAGAAUCAGCGUGCCAACUGGCAUUGGCUUGUAUGCUGUUCUGCCUCUCUGCAGUCUUAGUUCACCUUUUGGUGUGCACCUGUAGUCAAUCCCUCUGACUAGUCUUAGUGCAAUCACAUUCAUAUCCAAAUAUUUUCUGACUUUUAAUCUCCACAAAAUUGUCUGCUCAAUUGCCCCCUCAAAAGUCUAGUUGUAGGGCAACAGAUGAAAUUCCCAUUCCUCUUUGAAUGAGUCCACCUUUUCUAUUUGCUACAACUAAGCAGAAAUGUUCAUUAGGAACUUACACACUUGAUUCUGUGGCAUUGCUUGGAAAAUGAAAGUGAUACAGUGAAACCUCUCCUGAUACAGGAGAGGUUUCUUUCCCAGUUACCAAUAACCUAUUGGUGACAAUGCAACACCCUGUUGCCCCAGGACAGAAGGUUAUGUAUUGUAUCUCAAAUGAUCUUCAGUUGAUUCUUCUCUAAAUAAUUAAAUCAUCUGGUUCUAAAUGCUUAUGUUCUUGGUGUAAUGUUUUAAUGGCUGUGUCAGAUGCUUCUAAUAAAGUGAAAAC